AUGGAUGUGCCAUCACGCUCCAGUUGGUCGGCGAUGCUUACUUAUUCAGGAGAUAGUGCAGAUACGUAUAAUGUAGCACCUAAUAAUGAAGAUUCUUCAAAUGCAUCGCAAAAUGCUCAAAACAAAUCUUCACCACUUACUAAGUGCCCUAAAUGUUCGCACAACUGCAAAAACAAGUGCAUUAGAAACACACGUCUCCAUGAGUUUUGGUAUACAUGUUUGCUGCAAUGGAAUAAGGUUAAAUCAGCAUGUUAUUUAUGUUAUCAGUAUAUUAAUCAAUUUUUUAAGUUCUUAAUUGAUAAUUUUCAAUCCGACGAUGAUGAUCAUGGAUCUACAAAAAAAAUUACAGCAGAAGCUCAGUCUGUCAGAAUCAUUCAGCCACAGACAGUAGAUGUUUUUAGAUCGAAUGUUUAUAAAUCUAAUUUAUGGGCAAAUCCUUUACCUGAUGUAUCUGGUGGUUUCCUGAAGUGUUCAGCAAAAUUUUAUGAGAAGAACCCAGGUCAAAAGUAUGAACUAUGUACAUGGCUAUAUCGAGAAUUAAACGUUCUAUUCAGCCAUCAAACUGAUAUAAGUCAUGUCAAAAGCGUUGUAUUAGAUUUGAUUUUGCUUUAUGAUAUUAAUUCCUCUGCUUUUCGAAUGGCUAUUUGGCCAUAUUUCACUAACUUUACUGAUCAUUUCACUCAUGAGUUUUAUGUAUUUGCCCGUUCACCAUAUAAUAUGGUAGGUUAUGAUCAAAGAGUCAGUUAUGUAACAAAAGAAUGUAUUAAUGAGAAUGCUAGAACUAUAUCAUCAGAUGCCACUUCUGCUCAUCAAAAUAAUGGGUCAAAUGGCAACUUGACUGUUGACUUGAACUCUUUGGGCAUUCAGGCAGCGCCACCAACUAAUUCCGCUGCUUUUCGCAUGGCUAGUUUGCCAUAUUUUAGCUUUACUGAUCCUUUGACUCAUGUGUGUUAUGUAAUUGCCCGUUCACCUUAUAAUAUGGCAGGUUAUGAUAAAAGAGUCAGUUAUGUUACAAAAGAAUAUAUUAUUGGCAAUACGCAUGUUCUGCAUGGUGAGAAUGUUAGAAUUAUAUCAUCAGAUGCCACUCCUGCUCAUCAAAAUAAUGGGUCAAAUGGCAACUUGACCCAUGACUCGAACUCUUUGGGCAUUCAGGCAGCGCCACCAACUAGUAACAACAAACCACCACAUGAUAGAACUCCAGAACUAAUAUUAUUGGAUUCAGAUGAUGAUAACAUUUCUCUGCUUAAUGAGCCAAGUACAAGCAGAGGUAGGAGUAGAAAACAAAAAUCAGUUUCUAUCUCUAAAUCAAAGGCCGAAUCGUCAACGAGUAAAAGGUAUGAAUUACGUAAUAUUUGCCGAACACAGCAAAUUAGUACGGCAAAAUCUGAUAGCAAAGAUCAUGAACCCAAAAGAAGACAACUUAAUUCCAAAAAUAACAAGUAA